AUGGGUGAUGAGGAGAUUACUUACACAACUGUGAGAUUCCAUAAGUCUUCAGAGUUGCAGAAUCAAGGAAGGGCUGAUGAGACACAAGGGCCCAGAGAAGCUGGCCACAGAGGGUGUUUAGUUCCAUGGCACCUCAUUGCAAUACCUCUAGGAGUCCUUUGUUCCAUUCUGCUGGUGACAGUUGCAGUGUUGGUGACACACAUUUUUCAGUAUAGUCAAGAAAACUAUGAACUACAGAAAAAUCUAAACAACCCCAAUCAAAGGAAUAUCACCAUGCAAAAUAACAGCUGCUUGAAUGAAACUUUGAGAAGAAAGUCUACAGGGUGUGAUGACUUCCAACAUCAGAAGGAACCAGACACUCUCAAUAGAAAACAGAACAGAUGCUGUGGGAGAACUAAGGUUGUUUUUGAUUGUGUGCAGCACACAGGGAAACAUGUUGAAGGACGUUUGUUCUGCCGUGGCAUAAAAUGUUAUUAUUUCAUCAUGGACAAUAAACGCUGGAGUGGAUGUGACCAGACUUGCCAGGACUGCAGCUUAUCCCUUUUGAAGAUAGAUGAUGAUAAUGAACCGAAGUUCCUACAGUCCCAGCUUACUACAAACAGAUACUGGAUUGGAUUAAAAUAUAAUGCAAGCAAAGGGGAAUGGCAAUGGACUGGCGAUGGCCCAUCUAAACUGUGA